UCGAUAAAAUAAAUAUCCUUUUUCUUCAUUUCUCUCUCCCUCUCUCUCGAUCGAACUCGCGUCUCAUUCACCUCUCUCUCAUCAUCGUCUUCUUCACUCUCGCUCUUCAAUUUCACAUCAUCAAACUAUGGCUGAAGAAGAGGUUAUUGUUGCAGCACCAGCUACAAGCCCCGUUUCUUCUGAUUGUAAGCGCAAGUUCGAAGAUCUACACUCUCAACCCACCGAAUCUAACACUGACGGUGCAGAAACUGACGCCGCUGCAGUUGCUCAGGACGAUGUAAACAAGCGUCCUCGUCUUGAGGACGAUAACCAGAAUGACCUAGCUAAUACUAAUGGACAUCAAGAAAAGAAGGUUGCUGAGGCAGAAACAGAUACAGAUACAGAGGAAAAUGCUCCUUCGGAGGAAGUUCAAGAUGUAUCUAAAGAUAAUUCAGAAGAAACUGCUGAGCCUACUGAUACCAAUGAGAUUCUGGUGGAGGAUGUCAAAGAGAUUCCUGUUGAGGACUCUGGUAAGGAAAAUGACAAGGAGCCAUCUAAAGCAACUGAACAACCAUCAAAGGAGUCAACUGAGCAAGACGCUUCUUCUGGAGACAAACAACCUGAUUCCAGCUCUAUUGACCCCACCUUACAGCAUGAUACUUCUUCAGGACAAAAGCAACCUAUAUCUGGGUCUGACACAACCACACGAAAAAUCGAGGUUCCUAGCAAUAAGGUUGGCGUACUUAUUGGCAAGUCUGGUGACACUAUACGGUACCUGCAGUAUAAUUCGGGCGCAAAGAUCCAGAUCACUAGGGAUGCUGAUGCUGAUCCUCACUCUUCAACAAGGCCCGUGGAACUAAUAGGAACUUUGGAAAGUAUAGAUAAGGCAGAAAAGCUAAUGAAUGCUGUGAUUGCAGAGGCUGAUGCUGGAGGUUCUCCUGCACUUGUAGCUCGAGGCCUCUCCCCUGCUCAGGCUAUCGUGGGAUCUGAUCAAAUUCAGAUACAAGUUCCAAAUGAGAAGGUCGGGUUAAUCAUUGGGAAAGGUGGGGAAACAAUUAAGAGCCUGCAGACCAAAACUGGGGCACGCAUCCAGUUGAUACCUCAACAUCUUCCCGAAGGUGAUGAUUCUAAGGAAAGGACUGUCCAAGUUACUGGUGACAAGAGGCAAAUUGAAAUUGCGCAAGAGAUGAUAAAAGAAGUCUUGAGCCAGCCUAUCAGGUCAUCAUCAGGUGGUUUUGGCCAGCAGGCCUACCGUCCGCCACGAGGAUCUGGUGGUCCACCCCAAUGGGGUCAGCGAGGUUCACAUUAUGGCCAACCACCAUCAUAUGACUAUCAGCACCGCGGGCCAUACCCUUCUCAUAAUCAAUCAUAUGCACCUCCUCCUUAUGGAAAUUAUCCUCAACAUAUGGCUCCAAGGAGCAGUUACGGUUCUGGUUGGGAGCAAAGGCCUCACCAGAGUUUUCAGGGACCACCCUCACAUAAUGGUGGAUAUGAUUAUUAUGGUGGACAAAGCGGUCAUUCAUCUGAAGCUCCUUCAUCUGCCCAGCAUCCCAGUUCAGUCCCCCAACAUGGUACCGGUCCUUCUCCUUUACCCUCCAUGGGCCCAUCCCCAGCUCAGAUGAAUUACAAUUAUGGACAGCCUCAGGGUCAGGAUUAUGGCCAUCAGACACCUUAUCAGCAGGCAGGACAUCCUCAACAAGGUUAUGGACAAGGUUAUGAUGAAUCGAAGUACGAAAACCGUGGCCCUGCACAAUAUCCAUAUGGAGGACAUUCAAAUCCUCAGCCAACUUACCCUCAAGCCAGUGCUCAAGCGAAUUAUGCACCUCCCCAGCAAUAUGGCAAGCCACCGUUGUAUGGUGUGCCACCUUCACAAGGACAACAUCCACAGUCUUAUGGCCACCCUAGAGCCACUCAACCAGGCGAGAUUCCGUAUCAGGGUUCUACUCCAGCACAAUCAUAUGGCACAGUGCAACAACCAUAUCCAUAUGCAUCAUCUGGGCCAUCACAAGCAGCAUAUCCUACAUAUGGGUCUGCACCAGCUGCAGAUGGUUACAGUCACCCGCAGUCUGCACCUGGACAGGUUUAUGCCCAGCCUGGCGGACAGCCCAGUUAUGGGCAACCAGGUGCCCAGGCUGUAGCUAGUUAUGCACAAGUUGGUCCUACUGGUUAUGGAUCGUACCCGUCUUCCCAGCAGACUUACCCUGAACAACCAGCCCCUAACAGUGCAGGUUAUGGCUACCAAGCACCCCAGGAUCCUGCUUACAGCAGUGGCGCUGCACAGACAUAUAGUGCAGCUCCAACUGUGCAGCCAGGUUAUGUUCAACCUACACCAACUCAAACUGGUUAUGACCAAUCUAACCCACAACCAGCAGGCUAUGCAGCUGUACCACCAGCAGCCGGUGCUCCUGCAGCAUACGGCAAGACAGUAUCACCUCAGCCCGCUGCUUAUGCCCAAUAUGACUCGACCCAAGUUUAUGGUGCUCCUCGAUGAUUUGUUUUUGGGUAUUGACAGCCAUAUUUUAGUAUUAGCAUGUUCAAUUUUGUUGUCCUAUUUCAUGUAACUUGCUAUUCAUUAUCUUGUAACCUGUACUGCUUUGAAUUGUGAACUUACAAAUUUUCUCGUUGAAAGCACUGAUGUUGCAGUUUCUAGAGAUUAAUAUCAUAGGUGGUUUAGAGUCUUUUGUUUUUACAAAAGCCCUGAAAAAAAAAAAAACGACUUCCAA